ACUCUAACGGGCGAUCCCACUUCCUGCUAACCCCCUCCCUUCCUCCUCCUCCUUCCCUCUCUAUAAAAACCCCACCUCUCCUUUCUUUUCCACAUCUGCCUUCUCUUUUCCGAAUCCUCAAGUCGGCCUGAAGGGAAAUCUGACAAGAUGCGUGAGUGUAUUUCUAUGCACGUUGGCCAAGCUGGGGCCCAAAUGGGAAAUGCAUGCUGGGAGCUUUACUGCCUGGAGCACGGUAUCCAGCCAGAUGGACAGAUGCCCAGUGAUAAGACAAUAGGAGGAGGAGACGAUUCCUUCAACACCUUCUUCAGUGAGACAGGAGCAGGGAAACAUGUUCCACGUGCCAUCUUUGUUGAUCUGGAACCCACUGUGAUUGAUGAGGUGCGCACAGGCACAUAUCGGCAGCUGUUCCAUCCGGAGCAACUAAUUACAGGCAAGGAAGAUGCUGCCAAUAACUAUGCCCGCGGUCAUUACACCAUUGGUAAAGAGAUCAUUGACCUAGUGCUGGACAGAACUCGCAAACUGGCUGAUCAGUGCACUGGCCUUCAAGGAUUUCUCAUCUUCCACAGCUUCGGUGGAGGUACUGGCUCUGGCUUCACCUCCCUGCUAAUGGAGCGUCUCUCUGUCGACUAUGGCAAGAAGUCCAAGCUUGAGUUUGCCAUCUAUCCUGCUCCUCAAGUGUCCACAGCGGUGGUGGAGCCCUACAACUCCAUCCUGACCACCCACACCACCCUGGAGCACUCUGAUUGUGCCUUCAUGGUGGACAACGAAGCCAUCUAUGACAUCUGUCGUAAAAACCUGGACAUCGAGCGUCCAACUUACACCAACCUCAACAGGCUCAUUGGGCAGAUCGUGUCCUCCAUCACGGCCUCGCUGAGAUUUGAUGGAGCUCUGAAUGUGGAUCUCACCGAGUUCCAAACCAACCUGGUGCCCUACCCACGUAUUCAUUUCCCUCUGGCUACAUACGCUCCAGUGAUCUCUGCUGAAAAGGCGUAUCAUGAGCAGCUAUCUGUGGCUGACAUAACCAACGCCUGCUUUGAGCCGUCUAAUCAGAUGGUGAAAUGUGAUCCUCGACAUGGUAAAUACAUGGCCUGCUGUCUUCUGUAUCGUGGAGAUGUGGUGCCCAAAGACGUCAAUUCUGCCAUAGCCGCCAUUAAGACCAAACGCACAAUCCAGUUUGUAGACUGGUGCCCUACUGGAUUCAAAGUAGGUAUCAACUAUCAGCCUCCAACGGUGGUUCCUGGUGGAGAUCUGGCCAAAGUACAGAGAGCCGUUUGCAUGCUGAGCAACACUACAGCCAUUGCUGAGGCCUGGGCUCGUCUAGACCACAAGUUUGACCUGAUGUAUGCCAAGAGAGCCUUUGUGCACUGGUAUGUGGGAGAGGGAAUGGAGGAAGGAGAGUUCUCAGAGGCCAGAGAAGACAUGGCAGCUCUGGAGAAAGAUUAUGAAGAAGUCGGCACUGACAGCAUGGGAGAGGAGGAUGAAGAGGGAGAAGAAUAUUAAAGUCGGAAUCAACGAAGUUCUACUUAGCUGCCCUGCAAAAUAAAAUCUGAUCAUUAAGAUUUUUGCAAAAAUAAUUACUUGAAAUUCCAUUUGCAUUACAGUUGGUUUUACAUGAAUAAAAUUUGAAAAAUAAAAGAAAGAA